CCCCUUCUUCUUUCUUCCUCACUUCUCAUCACUUUCCUUUACCCUCUUUUCCUCUCUCUCUCUCUCCUUCUUCUUCUUCUUUCUACACACUUCAAUAUCAAAAAAUCUUCUGUUUUGUUGUUUUUGUUUCACUUCAACAAUGGAUCUUCCCACUGCCCAACAUCAUCAGGAAAUGGAAACAAAUUCAGUGGAGAACAUGAUGGUAUGUCAAAACUCAAAAGAUCAUCAAGUUAGAAAGGCAAGACCACAGCCAGAACAAGCGUUGAAAUGUCCAAGAUGUGACUCAACAAACACCAAAUUUUGUUACUAUAACAACUACAGCCUAUCUCAACCAAGAUACUUUUGCAAAUCCUGCCGCCGUUACUGGACACAAGGUGGUACCCUCCGCAAUGUUCCAGUUGGCGGAGGUUGCCGUAAAAACAAAAGAUCAUCAUCAUCCUCAUCCUCCUCAGCUUCCUCUAAAAAAUCCCAAGACCAUCCCUUCGGUGCCUCCACCGCCCUACCCGGCCAAUUGUCCUACGAUCACCAAGCUCAUGAUCUCAGUCUCGCAUUCGCUAGGCUUCACAAAAACUCGUGUUCAAAUGGGAGCGUUCCCACAUUCAACGACUUCGAUUUCUCCAUCUUGGGAAUGCCAAAUGGCGAUGUUUUGAACGGCGGCGGCUUUGCCUAUAAUUCUCAAAGCUUGUAUUAUGGAAAUGACAACAACAUGGGAGCUGGAAUCGAAAGUAAUGGCGAUCAAAUGAGAUUACAGCCGUACGAUCACGAUCAUCAUCAUCAUCAUCACAAUCAACAAUAUAGCAAUGCUACAACAACAGCGGUAACAGUGACGACGAUGAAGCAAGAGCUAUUUGGAGGACGAGAAAUGAAUAACGGAAGUGACCAAAGUAAAAUCCUUUGGGGAUACCCAAAUUGGCAAAUGAACAAUAACAAUAAUAACGUAAUAGAUUCAAACACAACCACAACGACGAUGAUGGGAGCAAUGGAUUUCGAUUCGGGUUCAGCUCGAGAAAGUUGGAACAGCAAUGCCUUCACUAAUGCUUCUUCUUGGCAUGGCCUUCUCAAUAGUCCUCUCAUGUAAUUCCCCUUACCUUCGUUAAAAUUAUUGUGUGUUCAUUUUUUUUUUCUUUUUUCUUACUUAGAAACUAGUUAGGAAAGAACCCCUUCCCCCCAUAGAAUAUGAUUUUAAUUUCAAGGUUUAAUGUGUUCUUUUUUCUUUCUUUUUUUGGGAUUAAGUUUUGUACUAAAAUAGAGGUGGUUCAUUUGAAUCAUUUCAUGUGUUAUUAGUUAAUUUAAUUUUGGUUAUUGUUUUCUUAAUUA